UCUGGGCCAUUUCCUACCUCUGAGUGCCUCUCCUGCCUGGAAGUCAGCUUGCUAUAUUGUCCCCGGCCAUUAAACGCAUAAUGAUGCCUGUCAUCUCUGCUAGACAUUCGUCGUCUGAUAAUAGGUGAGGGCUUCGGAUCGACGACUGGGGAUACUUCGCCAAAAUGCCCACAUGCGUCUUCUUGUGAUACAGUGCAGGCACUGCCUCGUCUGACAGCCAUGCUCUCGACGUUCUGCAUUCAUCAAAAUCUCUUAUGAAGCGUUACGCAACCCUCCAUGUUUCUGUGCAUCGGCCUCGCUUUGUUAGUACGUAGAGGUGCUGCUUUGGAUACAGUGGCAUGGUCUUCCGCACCGAACGUGCGGGGAACAUGGGACCUGAUAGCCAGCUGUGUUCUCACAUUGACGAUCUGUGUCUGGUCAGCCCUGCAUCUGAAUGUGCCAACUGAGAAAUCAACUCUGACCGAACGCAACCUACGGCGUACACGAUGGAUUCUUCUGGGCGUCUUUGCACCAGAGCUGGUGGUUUCUUCAGCAUUCGCACAGUACCUGACUGCGAGGUGGCUACGCCGCGAACUGCUGUCAGACCUGAACUACAGCAAGGCUGAGGGGCAUCAUGUCCAAGAGUCGGCGGAGGUCGAUAGGGACACGAAGCUUCGAGGCUGGACCAUCACACAGUGUUACUUCGCCGUUAUGGGCGGUAUCACAGUGCAAGCAGAGCCAGUUUUCGGCAGCCCUGAGAGAUACAGCUUGACGCCCGAUGGUGUUCGGUUACUGUCCUUCUUGGGACAUCUACCUGAUAUCCAGGAGACCCAAGUGCGAGAUAAAAGCAAGGCCGAUGGUCUUGCGAAGACACUGGUGUGUCUACAAGCUGGGUGGAUGAUCCUCCAAAUGAUCGCUCGCCUUCACCAGAGACUACCCGUCACGCUUCUCGAGAUCAACACCAUCGGUCACGUCCUGUGUGCUCUCGUGUUAUACCUAUUGUGGUGGUCUAAGCCGCUCGAGGUCAAAGACCCUGUACUUCUUCCAUAUGAGAACUGGAUGGACCCAUACCUGUCCCUGAUGUGGAUGUGUAGCCCUAUCAGCGGCUCUAGUGAGGACGAAAUCACCGAGAUGAGAUGCAUGACUUACAUCCCAUCGGAGCGAAGAAGCACACUGCCAUCUAUGGACAUACCAACAAUCGCCAUCGAGCACUCGACUUGCGACUCACCCACCGACGCCAGACCAGCAGCCCAUGAGACGCACUUCUCUGUCGGAUCUACUGCCGCGAGAAAUCCAAGGAAGUUCAUUGGACCCCUUGGAGAUUUUCGCGUUGGAUCCGGAUCGCGUAGCCCAUCACCAGCGCCAUUUGACCAUCAUGUGAGCUACAUGAUAGCAAAGACAGCCAUGAAACCCGCGCCAGAGCAUGAAGUCUUCUUCCAACUUCAAGAACCCCAUCAUGGGCUUCAGCAUAGUGCCAGUUACUGUCGACGUGGUUUUGACGAUUGCAAAGAUCAUAGUGAUCUCUCGCCCAUUGCGAUUCGACGAUGGCAGCAUGCAUGCACACUGAUUGAUACUCUAUGGAAUGAAUGCGAGAAACGUCCCAGCUAUAUCAACAACUACUUCACCAUAAGUACAUUGGGCACGUUCGUUGGAGAGAUCGGCUAUAUUGACACACACGCGCCGAAUAUCUUGGGACUCUCCUAUCUCGGCGGCGUGAACAUCCACAAAGAUCGCAUGAAGUCGGUGCUGGCCUUUGCCGGCGCAGCAUACGGCGCCAUCCACAUAGCAGCGUGGAACGAUUUCUUCCCGACACAAGUGGAACGCUACCUGUGGAUCACAAGCUCUGUAGCCAUCGGUGCAUCUGGAAUAUUCCUGUGGAUAUUCUUCCUGAUCAAAGAAAGAGUCGAGAAGAUCGAUAGAGCAGCAUCAAGAGCCGGCCGUACUAAGGUGUUCUCGCUCAUUGCAAGGUUUGUGAUAGUCCCGCUGUUCAUCAUUGCUCGUGUGUAUCUGGUCGUCGAGGCUUUCGUCAGUCUUCGGCGAGUCCCAAAGGAGGUAUAUGAGACGCCUGAGUGGACUAGGUACCUGCCACAUCUUUGACGAUGGUCACUGGGGAGUAUUCAUUUCAUCUUUGAGGACAUGGGAUGGGACAGUGGUAAUUGUAACGAGACGAAUCAACGAAUUAUGACCUUGGAAUUACUGGACACGAUGAGAGCGAUAACACGACACAUAGACUUCAACGCCUUCUUAUGAGCAUCAUUUUUGUAGUAUUCGAAGCGAGCGAGCA